AACACUUGUUUUUAUCUCACUUAACACUCUCAACCCGUCGUCGGCGUACUGCCGGCUUCAGUGAGUCCGUCCCAUUGAAGCGUCAUUAUCAGUCGCAGUCGCCCUUCUUGGCGUUGGACUUGAGACUGCCAGUGUCGUUCGCCGUCUUGGUUCGUCGUCGCAAUCCUCAGAGAUCCUCAGACGCAGUAAAGGAUGGCGGGCACCUUGACCAAGCUGUGCAAGUCGUUGGGGCAGGUUUCACCCCAAGCAGUCAACUUCUCCGCCCCUGCAGUCGCAGCAUCCCGGCGCCACUAUGGCAGUGUCAAGCGUGCCGAGUGCACCAAACCAGUGGUGGAGAUGGACGGUGAUGAGAUGACUCGCAUCAUCUGGGCCAGCAUUAAGGAGAAGUUGAUUCUUCCUUACAUCAAGGUAGAGUGCCUGUAUUACGAUUUGGGCCUGCCUUACAGAGAUGAAACCAAUGAUCAAGUCACCAUUGAUGCUGCACAUGCUGUUCAGAAGCACCACGUUGGCAUUAAAUGUGCAACAAUCACCCCAGAUGAGGCCCGUGUUGAAGAAUUCAAACUGAAGAAAAUGUGGCUUAGCCCUAAUGGUACCAUUCGUAAUAUCUUGGGAGGAACUGUAUUCCGUGAGCCUAUUAUGUGCAAAAACAUUCCCCGUCUUGUCCCUGGAUGGACCAAGCCAAUCGUCAUAGGGCGCCACGCACAUGGUGAUCAAUACAAGGCUAAAGAUUACGUGGUCACAAGACCAGGCAGGAUGGAGCUUGUCUUUACUGAUGCUUCAGGGAAGACUGAAAGACUGGAAGUUUUUAAUUUCCCAGGCAGAGGAGUUUCUCUUGGAAUGUACAAUACUGAUGACUCCAUUGAAGCUUUUGCUCACUCCAGUUUUCAGGUUGCUUUGAAAAACAAAAUGCCCCUUUACCUAUCAACCAAAAACACUAUUUUGAAGAAAUAUGAUGGAAGGUUCAAGGAUAUCUUUGAAGAAAUUUAUAACAAGACCUACCGUUCUGACUUUGAAAAGGCUAGAAUUUGGUAUGAGCACCGGUUAAUUGAUGACAUGGUUGCUCAAGCUUUGAAAUCCGAUGGAGGCUUUGUGUGGGCCUGCAAAAACUAUGAUGGUGAUGUGCAAUCUGACAUUGUUGCUCAAGGAUAUGGCUCUCUUGGCUUGAUGACAUCUGUUCUAAUGUGCCCUGAUGGCAUAACUAUUGAGUCUGAAGCUGCCCAUGGCACAGUAACUCGCCAUUAUCGGCAACAUCAGAAAGGUCUUCCAACUUCUACCAAUCCAAUUGCGUCCAUCUUUGCCUGGACUCGUGGGCUGGAGCACCGAGCCAAACUGGAUGGAACUCCUGAUGUGGCUAGAACUGCUAAAGCCAUGGAAGAUGCCUGUGUUGAAUGUGUGGAAGCUGGUGAGAUGACCAAAGAUUUGGCAAUCUGUAUUCAUGGCAUGGCAAAUGUUAAAGAAUCAAUGUACCUGAACACAGAAGAUUUCAUGACUGCUGUGCAGAAACGCCUUGACCACAAACUCAAGAAUUGAAGCUGUUAGCAUGAAAGUUAUGCCCACUUUACUAAACCUCUCAUUUUUUCAGAAAUGUGGUCUAUCUAUCACAAUAUUGAUUUCAAAUAUUUUCUGAGGUGUGGGCACAUGCUGUGUGGAACCAUCAAAAGACCAUGUUUUAUUGUUUUGAGAUUAAUGUUUUAAAUACGCUUAGUAAUUAUGCCAUAAUUUAGGAAACCAGUAUCUAAAGUUUGAUGGAAUAUGAAGUGCUACAGAGGGAUGAUGAAUGGCAAAAAGUUACUUGCCCUCCUCUUUAAUCAAUUGUUAAUGCCUAAGAAAUGUCCAUUCCAGCUUGGUUGUCCUAUGUCUUAUACUUUUUUUUUCUCAAUCUCUGUAAAUAAAAAUCAACUUAGUCAUAAUUGGGGCUACGCUCCUUUUAAAAGGAGAAUUUGUUCCUGAAGGUUCCUAUGAUGAGACUUUACUUCCCUUGAGAUUUUUUUAUGACAUUAUUCAUGUGCUGUCAUCAACAAACAUGCCACAUUUCAUUACCCUUCUGAUGAUUAUUUGAUUGUUUAAGCCACAACUUCCAAUGUUGUUUCCUUUGUAAGAUUUUUCAAUCAUCAUCCACCUACUUCUGUGAUAAGCACAAUGCUUUGUAGUGUUUGAUAUUAUAUUGGUUCCCAAGAUGAAAUAAACAUGUUUGUAAUCAUAUUUUGAAACAAUCAUAUCUAUCAUUAUAUUUGUCUAUUUGAUUUGUCACAAUUUUUUAAAAGAAUAAAUGCUAAAAUCUUCCA